AAGCGGAGCGGAUCCUAAGCAAAUCAAGUGACGAGAGACAAUAAAAUAAAAGUUCAAUAAAAAGUGAGUGCGGCAGACGAUGAUGAAGUGAAAAUAGCUGAAACAGACACGCAAAAACCCCACAAAAAAAAAAAGGAAAAAUAAAAAAGAACAGAGAGCCACACUUGAGGAAACGCAAAGAAAAUUCCGCGUCAUGAUUUGAGUUUCGGGCAAAGGAGUUGCAAAUGCAAAAACAACAAUGAAAUGCUGGCUCAAUGCAGGGAGGCGCAAGAAGAGGCAGCGGGAGGAGCAGCAGGACACUCGAUGCAGCAGAGGAGAAGCACGAAGACGAGCUGGACUCUUGCUAGAUGGAAUCUGUCAGAGACAUCAACAAGUGGCCAGCCACAGUUUGGUGGCAACACGAGUCGGGCCGGUGCUGCCGGUGUGGCUGCUGUGGCUGUUGCUUGUGGCAUUUGCACAGCAUGGCGAGGCAACAGCAGCAGCAGCAGCUGCAACACCAACAACAGCCAACGCUGCAGGCCCAGAGGCCACGGCAACAACACUAAACAGCAACGCGACGACGAUGACGACGACAGCCACAUCAUCAGCAGCCACAGGAGGAGCUGUAACAGCAGCCUCGGCAUCGACAGUUGGAAAAUCGACAAACAGCUGGGGCAUGGCCGGCAUCCAAGAGGAUCCAUUUAAGAAUAUUAUCAGGAUUGGCGAUGGCAACACAGUCACAAGGGAGGCCAUUGAAGAGUCGCUGGUGACGAUACACGACAUUGCCACCGAAAACUUGGGCACAUUAUGCAUCUCGACGCUCUAUCGACCGCUUCAAGUGCCCAUCAAUUCGGAGCGCUAUGAGAGCUCCAGACAAAAGGCCGAUUUGGCCGCAUCGAUACUACAGGAAGUUGGCAUCAUACGACACGGCGGACUCUCGGAUGCCUUAGCCAAGGGCCUGCUCACUGAUGACUUUAUAACCGGAGCGCGCAUUUUGGCUUUGAACCUGACCAACGGUGCGGUGCAGUCGUAUGUGUGGUGGGUGAAGAGCAAUCAGGACAAAGUCCUCGGCGAAACACAGCGCUACGAUGAAGAGGGACUGCAAAUAGGCAAAAAGCCGGCCAAUAAUUAUCCGUGGUUCGACGAUGAGAGCAGCACACCGACGCUCCGCUCACCGAAAUUUGCACCUAGCCCACCGAGCAACUACUAUAAAGGCUGGUGGACCUAUCCGUACUUCUCGUGCGCCCUCAGCAAGUGGCUGGUGUCGUAUAGCAUCGCCAUACCGCCCAGCGGACGGCAUGGACUGCGCGGCUUCAUCAGCAUUGACAUUGAUGUAACGUCGCUGCGUGUCAAUCAAUGCGAGGCGCAGCAGUAUCUUUUUGGCACUCGCAAGCAGCAGCCACUGAGCCACACGCGGCGCUAUCCCCGUUUGGCGGCCAGCAAGUCGGCAGCGGCGGCCCUAAACGAUGAGGCGACAAUCAAUGAUUUGCAGGCGUUUCACAGCUCACACAAGUGUCAUCGCACCUCCAUGGUGUGCGACUAUCGACAGCCGAAUGCGGAGACACCGACAAUAAGCAGCGGCAAGAUAUUGACCGCACUCACGAGCAGCAGCUGGUCCCGUGGCUCGUAUCAGUGCUUGUGCAAGCCCGGCUAUUAUUCAUUGAGACAUCCGGAUGGCUUCAAUGGCACCAUCAUGGAGAUUGCAUGGCAGGAGCAUCAGGACAAUAUAAGCAAUUACUAUACGGAUGUCUUCAAGUGUUUGCCAUGUGCCCCCGGCUGUGACAUGUGCACCGGUCCGGAGCCAUGUCUGGCCAACUAUCAUUGGCCUUUCAGAAUAUCACUGUUGACCAUAUCCAUUGGCUGUGCCUGCGGCACCUUUGUCCUCGCCGGCUAUCUCUUCCGGCACCGUCGCGUCAAAGUCUUUAAGGUAGCCAGCCCCAUCUUUUUGAUGAUCACCCUCAUUGGCUGCGCCAUCAUGUAUCUGGAGAUGGUGGCUAUAUUCCCCUAUCUGGACACGAGUUGGUGCAUUGUCACCAAAUGGUCGCGUCACAUGGGCUUUUGCAUUACCUACACAUCGCUGUUGAUGAAAACUUGGCGCGUUUCUCUAACUUAUCGCGUCAAGUCAGCGCACAAAAUCAAAUUGAAUGAUCAACAAUUAUUGCAAUGGAUGGUGCCCAUUUUGUUGGUCAUGUUGAUAUAUUUGGGUACUUGGACCAUUUCGGCAACGCCCUAUGCGGAGGUGAUCUACGACAAACAUCAUCUAAAAUUCAAACAGUGCUCGUACAACUGGUGGGAUCACAGUCUGGCCAUUGGUGAGGUCUUCUUCCUGGCCUGGGGCAUACGCGUCUGCUAUAAUGUGCGCAAUGCGGAGAGUCUCUAUAAUGAGGCGAGACUCAUCUCGUAUGCCAUCUACAACAUUGCGCUGGUCAACAUAGCCAUGGUGGUCUUUCACGUCAUGCUCUUCCCCCAAGCUGGACCCGACUACAAGUACAUGCUGGGCUUUGUGCGCACCCAACUAUCGACCACCACAACCAUUGCUUUGGUCUUUGGUCCUAAAAUCUUGCGCGUGUUCAAGGGACAAGGCGACAAGUGGGAUCAGAAGGCCAAAGUGAGAAGCAUUACAGCUUCCUUCUCGCUGAAUGGCGUUGGCCUGGUGGCAGAAGAGUCACCCGAUUUGUAUCAGGAGAAUGAAGAGCUCAAGGAACAAAUCCAAAAGUUGGCGCAUCAAAUUGAGUUCAUGAAGACUGUGCACAUGCAGAUGAACAACAGGCAUUUGAAACCGAAACCGGGUGGUUACUUUACCAUCACAUCGACCUCGUUUCAGGCACCCUACAGCAAGAACACAGUGUCCACCGCACAAACCCAAACGGGCAAAGAUGAAGCCAGCGGCGCCACGCCAACGAAAUGCAAAUCGCCCAAGGGCAAAGUCUGACGAGGUCAACGAAGUGUUAAAGAUUGCUCAAUAGAAGUUGUUGGCCAGCAUGGCCAGACAACAGUCGUAGAGGAUGAUGCAAUUGCUUUUAGUUUCUACCAAACAGAGAUGCCAAAGAUGACAAUGGACACGACGACGACGACGACGACGACGACGGGGGACGAUGGGCAGCCAGGGCCGGAGGAGGCGGAACUGCUUAGGCAAUUUCGGCGCCUCUUUGCGCCCAUUUUGGAUGACAGUCUGCAGCUGUACUACAAGCUGAAUGAACCGGAUGGGUUGGACACCGAGCACAUACGCAUCCAUCAGACAGUGGCGCAGCUGAAUGAGCUGACGAGCAGCGAGGAGGAGACAAUUGUGACACAGGUGAAUAGUCCCAGUCCGAGUCCGAGUCCCUCGCCGCCAGUGGAUGUGGAGCUGCUGCUGCCCCUAUCCAGCUGCAGUUCGACAUCGAGCAGCUCGCUGUAUGCCAUACACACACCAUCGCCCGCGCAUCCCAGCGGCUUGUUGCUUCAGCCUCAGUAUCUGGACUCGCCCACAUUGCUGCAGUCCUGCAGUGAGUCGCGCACGAUCACGGAGCAGGUGCAGCUGCACAAUCCACCGCAGCAGCUCAACGAGGACGAGAACAACACAUCGUGCUCAUUGUCAUCGAAUCUGACGGAUAGCAAAACUCUGGAUGGUCGUACGCCCAUUGUGGUUUGAGAUCUCGCUCUCUCCCGCUCUCUCUCUCUCUUGAUCGGCUUUAAAUGUGAUUUUGUUUACACUUUCUUAGAGCAAACAACAGCCAACAAAUAGCGAAUGAAAACAGCUUCAACUGUUUCAAUUAGUCUUAAAUAAUGUUUGUGUGUGUAUGUGUCUGUCUGUCAAACGAUGUUUCAAAGUGUUAAAACGCGGUUUAUGCGGUGCAGCCACUGGAGAAGAAGUCUUGAAGGGAAAUUUGCGCUUUAAAAUGAUUUAAAAAAUGCUCAUUAGAACAUAAAUUUGACUUAAUUGGUAUUAAUAUUUGUAAUUUAGCUGUUAGUUUGGCUCUUUAAGUUUAGUUUAAAUUUCAUAAUUCCAAUUUUGAUUGUGUUUUUCAAGUGAAUACUCUAAUGCAGAUUUUGGGGAUCUGGACUGUGUCCAUUUUAGUUUAAAUAUAAUAUUUAUUUAUUUGAUUUUUGCACAGCUUUCCCCUAAAACUUGUAAUCAUACGCAACAUAUUUUAACUCUUUGAGAGCUACGAAUACGAACGACUAACAAACACUUAUCUCUAACACGGUCACCGCAUAAACCCAAGCUACAAGUGUGUUUUUGAAUCAUUUAAGUUUUGGCUUCUUAAACAUACACCGUACACCCACACAUUAUCCGAACCCAUACCCAUCCCAUCAUCCAUAGAUUGUUCAUAGAUUUUUCGGAAACAUUUCGCAUUGAGCAAAUAUUUUUCACUUCGUUCUCGGAUCGCCAGGAAGUUGAUGUAUUAUCGUGUGGAUAGUAGACGGUAGACUCAUAGAGUUCGCCUCAUUUCACUCAUGCACCCUAGCAAAUAAAACAAACACAUAAUAUAUUUAAUUCGAAUUUUAAUUGUUAUCACUGGCGCACACAUUUUCAUAGAACAAAAGUAUGUUUUGCUUUGUAGGUACAAUUUAUGUUUAUUUGUUUAUAAUCAUACGAUCUAUAACAAUACAUAGCACCUAAGCAUAGCGAAAGAGUCGAUUUUAGUGUACAAGAACAAGAAACAUAAACAUUAUAAACUAUAUACAUAAAUAUACUAAAUAUAAAUAACAAUUUUAGCGUACAAUUUUAAACUGAUUAACUGUUGGCAGAAAACGCAAUUGCUCUUCAUAAAAAAACAGUUCAUAAAAACAAAA